GAGAGUACACCGCUCUUCCUGGCGCCUGAGGAAUGAGAGUUUGAAUCUGCAUUGGAUGAUUUCUGGUGCAGUGGGAAAGGGCACAGAUCUGCAGGCCGAAGCAAAGAGGAGCCACUGUCCAAGGCUAAGGCAAGAUGGGCCUCACGGGCAGACAGCGGAGCCCCUCGCCCUCACUGGCUCCCACCCAGGGAUCUUGCCUUUUCAUCCUCUUCUGCCUGCGCUUGGGUGCCUCCUGCCCGCAGGCCUGCCAGUGCCCUGACCAUGCUGGGGCUGUGGCCGUCCACUGCAGCGAGAAGGGCCUGCAGGAGAUCCCCAAGGACAUCCCAGCGGACUCGGUGCUUUUGAAGCUGGAUGGGAACAAAAUCUCCCACAUCCCCAAUGGCGCUUUCCAGCACCUGCACCAGCUGAGGGAACUGGACCUGUCCUACAACGCCAUUGAGGCCAUCGGCCCUGCUGCCUUUUCAGGACUGGCCGGGGGCCUGCGGCUGCUGGACCUGUCCCACAACCGCAUUCGGAGGAUUCCAAAAGAUGCCUUGAGCAAGCUGAGCGCCAAGAUCCGCCUGUCACACAACCCCUUGCACUGUGAGUGUGCCUUGCAAGAGGCCUUGUGGGAGCUGAAGCUGGACCCCGACUCGGUUGAUGAGAUUGCUUGCCACACCUCGGCACAGGAGGAGUUCGUGGGGAAACCACUGAUCCAGGUGCUGGACUCGGGUGUCAGCUUCUGCAGCAUCCACCGCAAGACCACCGACGUGGCCAUGCUGGUCACCAUGUUUGGCUGGUUCACCAUGGUGAUCAUCUACGUUGUGUACUAUGUGCGUCACAACCAGGAGGAUGCCAGGAGGCACCUGGAGUACCUGAAGUCCCUGCCCAGUGCCCCUGUCACUAAGGAUGUCCUCAGCCCUGCGCCCUAGUAUCCACGUAUGGCAGGCCACUGCCUCCUGGCUGCCAU